AAGAAACUCAAUUUUGUGCUUCCUCGGAAUUUCCUCGGAAAUUCCUCGGGAUAUUCCGAGGUUUUCAUUUUCCCUCGGAAUGUCCGUCAGAAUACUGCUGUUUUCUUGUAGUGAUUACUCUAAUACCUAGUCAACCUUCCUUUCACAUAUAUCCCUUAACUCAUUGUGCAAUCCAAACCAUGAAGUGCUUAAUUUUUAGCAAGAGACUUUCGUUGAGGAGUAAAUUAUCGAAAAUAUCUUUCUUUGUUCCAAAACCAAACUUGUUAAUCUCUUCACUAAAAAGUAAAAACCCUAUAAUAUGUCGACGUACGGCUUCCCUCUUCAUCACCUCUCUCUCUCGUACAAACUUGUAGCCUUGACAGCAAUUGAGUUAAAACUCUAAUAUCCUCUCUCACUACAAUCACACAACACUUACCAACGAUUUAGAUUUCAUACUCUCAAAUCGAUUCAAACCCUUAACCACAAUGUUUGAUUGUCUGCUAGUAGUUCAUAUGGUGACUUUGAAUGCGACAAGUUUCUAGUUGAAUUCAUACACUUUUAACGGCUGUUUCUGUGGCGACAAACAAAAAUGGUAGGUUCAGGACGUGCCAAUAUUUUUUUUCCUAGCUACAAAUAUGAAAUAAACGUUCUUGUCCACUUUAAGAAGUGUCUUGCAUAUUAAAAGUGUUUAUUAUAUAACAUUUUAAAAGAAUGCUUUUAUAUAUUCUCUCAGUUCCAAAAAGAUAUAUGUUUUAGAAUCUUUACACUUAUUAAAAAUAUAUAAAAUUUUAGUUAUUGAUCAAUAUUUUUCUUAGUUAACUAUUUUCCAUAAUUUUUAACCAAUAAAAUUUUAAUAAGCACAAUUAUAUUUUUUGAAGUUUACCAUUUAUCAUUAAUGAAUGCAUUGGAAAUAUAAAAAUGCAUCUUUUCAAAAUAAUUUUUUUUCCUAAAACAUGAAUCUUUUUGAAACAAAAGUAUACAAUAACAACUCAAAAUAAUAACUAGACAUAACUUAAGCUAUUUUUUAUUUUCUUUAGCAAUGCACUUAAACCAUUAUUUCGCAGAUCGGUCCGACUGGUGACCAUUCUGGAAACAAGAGGAACGAAUAGGAAACAAACAUAAAGUAAUAAAACAGCAGGAAUAAAAAUGAAUGAUUGUUUCUUCUCAAAUUUAACAAGGAAUAGUUUUGUUCUUUAUUUCUAUAAAAAAAAAAAGAGAAUGAGAAAAAAUGAGAAGGAAAAAUUAUUCCUUCUGAAUGAUGAUUUUUUUUAAAUAAAGUUAGAGAACGUAUUAUUCUUUAGUCGAUUCAUGCCCCCGAUUCUAGAUGGUUGAUCAAUAAUAACAUUUUGUUUAUUCAUGGAAUUUAAUAGAUAAAUACAGAGUUGUCCUAUACAAAACAAACACAACAGCCACACACUCACACAAUGAGAGUUAAAAACUCCCAUAAAGGUAUAACGAGUGAAGAGUCAAAAGCCAUACACAUAAAGGUCAAGAUGUCACGUGGCGUCCUAUGAGUGAAUGAAAACAACGCAUUCACACAAAACCGUGGGAUCACUUUAGCUGUGUUCUGUCCACAUGUCACUCUCGGAACCAAAAACACCGUGUUCUUCUCAAAUUAUACCCCACACAAUUCCAAAUAUUCCAGGCCAAUAUAAACACCAACUCUUAUUCCCACUUUUCGCAAACCACAAACUUUUAAAAUCCACCUGAAAAAGAACAUAAAGAGAGAUAGAUAAAAUAGAUAAAAUAGAUAUUUUAUCAAACCGGACAGAACAAAGAUCUUGUUAGUUAGUUACUUACUGUACUCAGCCUUAUCCAGUUUUUCUCAAAAGAUUUUUCAACAAUGAACACAUUCCCUGCUUCCACUGAAAUGGUUGGCUCCGAGAACGAGUCUCCGGUUACUACGGUAGUAGGAGGUGAUUAUUAUCCCAUGUUGGCGGCAAGCUGUCCGAAGAAGCCAGCGGGUAGGAAGAAGUUUCAGGAGACACGUCACCCCAUUUACCGAGGAGUUCGUCUGAGAAAGUCAGGUAAGUGGGUGUGUGAAGUGAGGGAACCAAACAAGAAAUCUAGAAUUUGGCUUGGAACUUUCAAAACAGCUGAGAUGGCAGCUCGUGCUCACGACGUGGCUGCCCUAGCCCUCCGUGGAAGAGGCGCCUGCCUCAAUUAUGCGGACUCGGCUUCGCGGCUCCGCAUCCCGGAGACAACCUGCCACAAGGAUAUCCAGAAGGCUGCUGCUGAAGCCGCAUUGGCUUUUGAGGCUGAGAAAAGUGAUGUGACGAUGGAGGAGACGAUGGCGGUGGCUUCUCAGGCUGAAGUGAAUGACACGACGACAGAUCAUGGCAUGAACAUGGAGGAGGCAACAGCGGUGGCUUCUCAGGCUGAGGUGAAUGACACGACGACAGAUCAUGGCGUAGACAUGGAGGAGACGAUGGUGGAGGCUGUUUUUACGGAGGAACAAAGUGAAGGGUUCAACAUGGCGGAGGAGUCGACGGUGGAGGCUGCUGUUGUUACGGAUGAACUGAGCAAAGGAUUUUACAUGGACGAGGAGUGGACGUACGAGAUGCCGACCUUGUUGGCUGAUAUGGCGGCAGGGAUGCUUUUGCCGCCACCAUCUGUACAAUGGGGACAUAAUGAUGACUUGGAAGGAGAUGCGGACAUGAACCUCUGGAGUUAUUAAUACUCGUGUUUUAAAAAUUAUACAUUGUGCAAUAAUAUUUUAUCGAAUUUCUAAUUCUGCCUUUAACUUUUAAUGGGGAUCUUUAUUAGUGUAGGAAACGAGUGUAAAUGUUCCGCCGUGGUGUUGUCAAAAUGCUGAUUAUUUUUUGUGUGCAGCAUAAUCACGUUUGGUUUC